ACCCAUCCCAUACCCCUACGUUUCACUGGCGUGCCGUGGUGCGUGUCGGCAACAUACUUCGAUUCAUCAAUUAUUCACAAGAUCAAUGUCCUUUUGUCAGGAAAAUUCCUGGGAGUAGCUCUUUUUUAUGUGAAGCCUCGAAUUCAAGUGUCAUAUGUACUGAGCAAGCGUUACAGCGAAUCGAUUGUAGGAUUUCUUCUUGGAGUCUUGUGCAUAUUUAUCGUCAAUGUCGCUCUUAGCCGAUCACAAGUUGUUUUUGGGAGCCGUGGGGAUCGCAUUGACUUCUGCGGUGGCCGGUUUUGGUGUUAGUCGGAUAUUUGAACGUCGAGAUAAAAGCCUCUUUAAAAUCAGCGAUGAGAACAAUCCAGUCAGCAAGUAUGUAACAGAACAUGGAAUCCGCGAACCAUCAGUGCUUACCAGCUUGAGAAAGGCAACUGUGAAGCUUCCAUUAGGUGACAUGCUUUGUAGUUCUGAUGAAGCUCAGCUUAUGAGGUUGCUUAUAGAAUUGAUUAAGGCCAAAAAGGUUAUCGAAAUAGGUGCUUUUACUGGUUAUAAUACACUAAGUAUGGCCAUAGCUCUGCCAUCUGAUGGCAAGGUUGUGGCGUGUGAUGUCACAGACAAGUUUAUGAAAGAGGUUGAUUAUGACCGUUACUUCCAAGAAGCUGGUGUCAAGUCAAAAGUUGAAUUGAAGAUACAGUCUGCCCUCGCUACUCUAGAUGAACUUAUUGCUGCAGGAGAAGCUGAAAGCUUUGAUCUUGCUUUUAUUGAUGCUGAUAAGACUGAAUAUGACCAGUACUAUGAAAAAUCUUUGCAGCUUCUGCGGCAGGGAGGGCUGAUAGUAGUUGACAAUGUUUUGUUGAACGGUUCAGUUUGCGACCCUGAGAAAAUAGCUACAAAUCCAAGGACAAGAGCAAUACACAACUUGAACAUGAAACUUCACAAAGACACUCGUGUCACCAUUAGUUUGAUUCCCUUUGCAGAUGGUGUGACAAUAGCAAUGAAGCUCUAAAAUAUUAUCAAUUAUAGACUGAUUGUUUCAAACGUGUCUAGUCAUUGGUUAAGCAUGUAGCCCUGAAAGCUUGAAUAAAGUUUACAUAGAAGAGAAGAUUAUUUUGAAA